CAGAACUUAGUAUUUGAAACGAGGCUGUCUUAGCGGCAAAGAUGAAGCUGCCGUUUGGCGGUCAUUCGUGUUUUUCCUGUCAGUGAAUUUUGAUUGAGUUUUGACGAAUUCCGAGUGCUUUCCAACUCUGUUUUCUCAUAUAUCGUGGCCUAAGCAGUAGGGAUCAGCAUGGGUGACAAAGGACGCAGUGCCCUACGCCCUUUGCACAACACAGGCGAGGCGAUGGGAGAAAGACGUCAGCUCACCAAAAAGAUGUAUGCAUGGCAGAGAGAUCCCAGAGUUGGGCGACGUACAGGUAUUGUUAUGAAGAAGGAUGUGAAGAAAGAUGCUUACGGCUUUGAUGAUGUGAAUGAUUACUUCUCGGACACAGAGAGUGAGGAGAGUAUUGCCAUCAGUGAGCCCUCCACCAAGAAGCACCCCAAACCCAAGAAGGACAUCAGACCUAGGAGGAUGUCAUCGUUUUCGCCCAUAAAGCCAGACACCGGGGACUUGUCACGCACCUCUACCAGUCCUGCUGUCAGUCCUGCUAAGGACUCUGCUCCAGUUGAUAACCCUGACCCUGCUGUAAGCUCUGCCCCUGAAGAAAUCCCUCCUCCUGCUGUGAGUUCUUCUGUUAUCAGUCCUAUCCCUAGUCCUACUCCUAUAGAGAACUCCACCUCUGCAGAUAGCCCAGCCCCUGCUCAUUCUGCUGUAAGCCCUGCCCAGUCAGAUUCUGCAGGUGCCAUGCCAGAAGCUAGUCCUGUCUCGAACCAUGAAGUCCUGUCGCAGAGCGCAGACGUGUCCUCCAUGAACUUCACAGCUGAUGAUUCAGGAUCCAUCAGUAAGAUUAGCAGCCAGAACCCAAACACGGUCGUCAAACCUGUGGCUGCUCUCAAGAAAAGACUUACUUUUGGAGGGGCAGCAUCAGAUUCUCCUGACAUCACAGCCCAGAAGGAAUCAGUCAGUACCAUAGAAACAGCUUCCAGUGACAGGGAAGCAGUUGGAGAAGUAAUAGAAGCUGUGGUUUGUGAAAAACCAGCCAAGCAGACAAAGAGGAGAAGCCAGAGAAAAGGGAAGGCUAAGGCAGUACCAAAACCAGCAGAAACUACAGAAGAAGAGAUAACUCCAGAGGAAGAGGGAACUGGAGAGGAGGAGAGAACUGAGGAAAAGGGAGCUGCAGAGAAAGAGGAUGAUGUUCUGGCUUUUCCAGCCAAGGAGGCAAAGAGGAGGAGCCAGAGAAGAGAGAAACCAAAACCACCAGAAACUACAGAGGAAGAGAGAACUGCAGAGAAAGAGGGAGCUACAGAGAAAGAGGGAGCUGCUGAGAAAGAGGGGGCUGCAGAGAAUGAGGCAAGACAACAGAGGGAAGUUCUGGCUGAAGAUAGUGAGAGGGAUGGUUCAGGAAGGACUGUACAGCAGGAGGAACAAAAGGGCAUUUCAGCAGAUGGAGCCAACAAGAAACAGAAAGAUCAGAAGGAAACGGUCCCAAAGAAGGUGGUUCAGAAGGUGAGAGGAGUCAGGAAGCAGCCUCUAGUGGUCCAGAUGGUUGAUUCAGAUGAUGAUGAUGAUGAUGAUGAUGCACUUCUGUGUUUGAAGGGAUUUAGAGUAAACCUGACCAACAGACAGAACACUAGUGCUGAGAGCCAGGCCACUAAAGAGCCAACUGCAGGUGGGAAGAGAAGCAAAAAUACAAGUCAGCAGCCCUCAAAGAAGGCAAAAGGAGACAACCCAAAUGAUGAGACAGUCAAAAACAAGAAAGCAGAACGAUCAAGAAAGAGGAAGAAGAACAAAGCGAUGGAUUCAGAAACCCAACCAAAAAUGAUAAAUGACACAACACAGAGCAUCAGUAGCCCAGAGAAGAGACGGAAACGAUCAGAGCCUCAAGAGUCAAGGAUGGACACAAUGGUUGAUGAUGCACACAGGGAGGGACCAAGUGCCCCAGUGCAGGAGGAGGCAGGUGACGAGGACUCUAACAGCUUUAACAGUGGUCCUCAGGACUUUGUGCUGCCCUCGGAUAGAGAAGAGGCAGAAGAUGUGGAGAUUCCUUUCCAGCCUUCCCCGAGGAUGUCAAACAAGAAGAGGUCUCAAAAGAGAAGAGGGCGGAAAAAUCUCUCUUCCCAGUUCCUAGAUGAGAGUAGUGAGAUCCAGAACUCAACUACAGAAAAUCUAGAAGAAAGUACAGGACCAAAGAGAAGAAAGACCGCCAAGGCCAAGGAAAGACGUACAGUUCCUAAGAGGCCUGGAAAGCAAAGGCGGCAAGUCAGUCCUGUGGAAAACAGCAACAACGACAGUCUUACUGUUGAGGAGGAUCUGCAAACGUCAGAUCUUAGUUCUCAACCUGGACAGGAAAGCUCAGCAAGCGAUGGUGAAGUGCGUAAGAAGAACAGAGGGCGUCCAAGAGAUCUUAGCUCUCUACCUGCACAGGAGAGCUCAGCAAGUGAUGGCGAAGUGCGGAAGAAGAAGAGAGGACGUCCAAGAAAAGAAAUUCAGUCUGCCCGAGCCACUAAUGAAAGUAGCGAGAUCCAAUCAGAAGCAAAUGUGUCAGCCAGACUUGAAGACAACACAGAGCCGAAGAAGAAAAGAGGCAAGAAAAGUGCCAAGAGGCCAGGAAAGCAAAGACGGACAGACAGCUAUGACCACAGUCUGUCAAAUGGUGAUGAUGUCCCUGUAUCAGCUACACCAUCACGGUCGAUCCUGAAGGGCGGUAAGAACUACACGCCGCGAUCUUCAACCUCCACACUGCCGCGGGCCUCCGUCACGUCCCCCAAACACUAUGCUGAUGUCACGGUUUCUAAGUCAGCUGCAAAGAAAGCGCCGGCUGCUGAAGCCAGACAGUUGCGCAUCAUUUCACCCAAAAAAGACCACACGCCAGGGGUGCGUAGGUCCAGGAGAAACCGCAUUCGUCCUUUGGCAUGGUGGGAACACGAGAGGGUUGUAUACGAGCGGAGAAACUCUGGCCGUGUUAUGGUGGACGUCCAAAAGCCAGAGAUCAAGGACACUGGACGAAGGCCCAAGAAGACGCAGAUAGCAAAAGUGCAUGGUAGACCCAGGAAAGGAGCCUCCAAGCCCCAACAGCCCCUCCAGCAAGAGACAGUUCCCAACGUGUCUGCCCACAUGGACGUUCCCGGGGACUGGGAGGAGGUGGAAAACCCCAUGAUCCCUGUUGUCAACCCAGCAACUAGGGAGGAGAUACUUGUAGAUUGCGUGAAAACGUCCAGCAUGUUUGACUUCCGUGGGCCGCAGGGAAAGGCAGCGGUGGAGGAGGAUGGCAUCAAGGUGUGUAAGGCUCUGCGGCAGCCUCAGUUUGGGCUGGGACAGAUCAUCCUGGAGCCAAAACAGGAGAAGGGCACACAGUUCGUCAGGAACGACACACUGGCCUAUGUUGUGAUGACAGGGAAGCUGGCAGUGACGAUCCAUCGCUCCACCGUCAUGAUGCAGUCUGGAGACAUGUUCCUGAUCCCUGCAGGAAACACCUACAACAUCAAGAACCUGCGUAAGGACCGUGCACGGCUCUGCUUCUGUCAGAUCAAACCCUCAGCACAGUAAAGCUCACAGGCUGUUGUCACAUCGGACCCGUCCUUACGUCACAGCACAGAAGUUUGCUUGUUGGGAUGGAAAAUAAUUUUACCCCAUCCAUCCCAAAAAUGACAGGAAACUGUUGAAAAUGUACUUUCACAAGCUUAAAAUGACAUAUUUAACCAGGAAAUUCCACCAGAUUGGCUCCCAAACAAUGAGUGGGACAGAAAAAAAUUUAAGCUGGAGACAGCCCUGGUACAAAUACUUCCAUUUUGCAGGCCUGCAGAUUCAUGGGAGUCCAGUGGAAGCAUUACUAAAGGGACAAAGUUUUAAACUAGAGAUAGUUCAUUAUGUACUCAUAGUAGCUUAGUUUUUGUGUUAUCAAAUGCAGCAAUUAAUGAUAUUUCUAAUAAAAUGCAUAGCAUUUGAAGACAGCCAACUCGGCAAACAUUGACUAUAAUGGCGUCUUUGGAAUUGGGAGAGUGACCAGAAGUUGGCUCUAAAAUUAUUCCUAUGAAGUUGUAUAAAGAAUUUUGGCUGUUGUUUACUCUUAUUGUAUAUAGUAACAUACAACAUAGACUAGAAUACUAUAAAUGUAGAUGUUGUUUGAAAAGUAGUUUUUUUUACCUUUACCCUGUUAUUUGACCCCAUAAUAAUUUCCAAUGGGGUGCCCUAAAGCUACAUUAGCAGGGUGAGGUUAAAGUUAGCACUGUUGUGUGAAAAAUUAAAAAAGGUGGGGUGUGUUUGAUAAUGUUUGUAUCAAAGAAGGUGUCUCGUAUCAUUUGGAAGUGGAAAUAAAAUAAAAUUUACACUGAUUUAAGUAGCCAUUUUUUCAGUCUAGAUCCUUGUGUUUCCUCUGAUGAUUUUCAUACACAUGUCCUUUUUCAUUGUGCUCUUGAUCUACAUUGUCUUCUUGACAGUAUUAUGAGUACUUAUGAUAGAAAGCAAAUGACAAGUAUCUGUCAUACUAAUAGCAUUGCAGAAUAAGUGUGCUGAUGCAUUCUGUUAGUUUUUAGUCUUCUAAUCUUAGAUUCAGAAAUAGCCACAGGCAUUUCACAUGUUUUCCUUGCUUUCAUGCCUCAUGUUUACUGCUCUUUGGUAAUUUUUUCCCUGGGUAUGUCACAGCAUAAGUAACAUUAACUUUCACUAAAGCUUAUGUUACUUA